AUGUUCACUCGCAACCUCGCAUCCUUACUCCGAACUACCAACCUCAUCAACCGUCGUACAUUCACAACUUCAUCGUCCAUCAUGGUCCAAAUCGAGAAAAUUUCUCCCGGAAACGGUAAAGAUUUCCCCAAAGCAGGUGACACUGUCACUAUGCACUACACCGGAACCCUCGCGGCUAACGGAAAGAAAUUCGAUUCUUCCCGUGACCGAGGUAGCCCCUUUGAAACCCAAAUCGGUGUCGGCCAUGUGAUUCAAGGUUGGGACCAAGGUGUUCCCCAACUUAGCCUUGGAGAGAGGGCUAAGUUGAUCAUCCCUGCUAACGAGGGUUAUGGAAGCGAUGGUGCUGCAGGUAUUAUCCCUCCCAACGCCGACUUGGUCUUCGAUGUUGAAUUGCUCGCUAUUAAUGGCAAGCGUGGUAAGUAG